AACAAAAUAUCAAAAUGAUUUUGAAGAGUGCAGUUCUGCUGUCCUUGUUUGCCGUUGCCAUUGCUUUUCCAGCGUUAAACGAAACUUUAAAAGAUGAACCUUCUGGUCGUGUUAUUGGAGGAAAUAACGCUUUCAACGGUCAAUUUCCGUUCGUUGCAUCAAUAAGAGAUACUAACAAUAACCAUUUUUGUUCGGGAGUAUUGAUCAGUAAUGAGUGGGUGGUAACACUUCGCACUUGUAUGCAAGGACGCACAACACUCAAUACUCGUGUUGCAUUUGGAUCGGUGAAUCGAUCGGGAGGUUGGACUUACACAAUAUGGAACAUAUUUAUUCGUCCUAAUGUCGAUCCUAGAGUGACAAGCAACGACAUUGCCUUGAUCCAAACUUGGAAUUUUGUUACUCUUGAUAAUCUUGUAUGGCCAGCAAAUUCACCAAGUUUUCGCCUUUCUGGUGGACAGACAGCUACAGCGAUGGGUUGGGGAAACACAGCACCGAAUGGAUCACCAGCUAAUACUUUACAAUGGACUACACUUACAGUAACAGACACAAACACUUGCGGAAAUUUUUUCUGGAAUAUCAUGAAUUUUGACUGGGGGAAUUCUUUUUGUACUGUAACUUCACCAGGAGCAAGUGUAGGAAGAAUGUGUACGGGUGAUGACGGAGCUCCAUUGGUUAUUGGUAAUACUGUUCAUGGCAUUCUAAGAUUUUCAUCAUGUGGAAUUGGAGGAGGUUUCCCUGAUCUCUUCCUUUCUCUUUUUGACUUUAGGGACUGGAUAAGAUCGACAACCGGCAUGUGUUGCUUUUAAUACAAUAUUUUCAGACAUUAUCCUUUCACGAUAUCUCUGAUAAAAGCUUUUAAUGUGAGAAUAUUCUACUAUCAAAUAAACUUCAUUCAAGCAUUGAAAAA